AUGAUAUCACGUGAGUGCAUUGUUACGGAGAACACAUUUUACGCUAAAACUAUGCCGUGGGUGCGACCAGAAAACGUUCCCAUUGGACAAGUAUGGAGUCGGUUUAAAGGACGAGAACGCAAUGGAGAACCCGCUAAAAACUUUCAGAUACGGGAUAUGGAUGAAAAGUGGAAGAAGCCGUGCUUAGAUAUGAUGCAGGAGACGUUCUUGAGAGAUGAACCUCUUUGUAUUGCAUUAGGCAUAGACAAGGAUCCUGAGUCAAUAGAAACAAUCAGAGCCAACUGGGAGGGUUAUGUGUUGCAGAAUAUGAGCUUGGCUUGCUUUACGGAGGUAGACGGUGAGCCUGACGAACUGGUAGGGUUCAAUAUCACCAUUGUCAAGACUCGGGACGACGAGGAAGGUGAUUUUGACAAGAUCAAAGGUGAAUCGUGGAAGAAGUUACUCCGAACCCUGAUCGUCGCUGAAGAAUUAGUGGACUUAUUCGAUCAUUACGGAGUCGACAGCUUCCUGACAUCCAGCGGUCUGACAGUGCUCCCCAAGUUUAGGGGGCAGAAUAUAGGAGCUCGCUUAUUUGAAGCUAGAAAACCAUUAUGCGCAGCUGUGGGAAUUAAAGCUACUGCCACAGUGUUCACUGCUGUUACCUCACAAGUUCUAGCAGCUAAAUGUGGCUACGACCUUCUAGCAGAAUUAAAUUAUACCGAAAUGAUGAAAAAACCAUUAUGCGCAGCUGUGGGAAUUAAAGCUACUGCCACAGUGUUCACUGCUGUUACCUCACAAGUUCUAGCAGCUAAAUGUGGCUACGACCUUCUAGCAGAAUUAAAUUAUACCGAAAUGAUGAAGUAUGGGAUAGACCUUGGCUCCUGUGAUACUCCUAGUGUAAAGCUGAUGGGAAAAAAAUUUUGA